GCCGGCGCGGUCGCAGCGGUUUAACCGAAGCCGCCGCCGCGCGCGGGGCUCUGCCCGCCCGGCCCGGCCCCGUGAGGCGGCCCCGGGGACGCGGAGCCCGGGAGGGCCGUCCCGCCCUGCCGUGAGGGACCCGCGGUAGAAACUGAAAGCCAUCUUAAACAUACAAGGUGCAGAGCACAAUACAGUAACCAUGAAUGACAUUGCACAGAAAACCGAGAUUCUGCUUUCUUCAUCUAAACCCGUCCAAAAGUCCUAUGUGCCCAAGCUUCACAAGGGGGAUGUAAAGGAUAAAUUUGAAGCUAUGCAGAAAGCAAGGGAAGAAAGAAAUCAAAGGAGAUCUAGAGAUGAAAAACAAAGAAGAAAAGAACAAUAUGUUAGAGAGAGAGAAUGGAACAGGAGAAAGCAGGAGAUGAAAGAACUGCUUGGAUCUGAUGAAGAUGAUGACACCAAACAAUCUAAAACAGAAAAGGGUUAUGUUCCAAAGCUCAUAGGAACUGUUAAAGGCAAAUUUGAAGAAAUGGAGAAGCAAAGACAAGAAGAAGAAAGAAAAAGAACAGAAGAAGAAAGAAAGCGCAGAAUUGAACAAGAUAUGAUUGAGAAAAGAAAAAUUCAAAGAGAAUUGGCAAAAAAGGCACAGGAGAUUGAUGACUUUAACAAUACGGGAACUGAAUCAGCAGCUGAGGAAGGGGAUGAUUCACUGCUAGUUACAGUAGUGCCUGUAAAAAGCACCAGGACAUCUGGGAAGAUGAAAACAAUCUCUGAGAACACAGGAAGGGAGAGAGCAGAACAAAGAAAGACACAGGAUGAAGAAAUGAAGCUAAAAUAUGAGGAACAAAACCAACUCCUUAAGGAACCCAAGUGCCUUUCAUCUGUCCAGGGUGAAAAUGAAAACAGUGAAACUCAAGAGCCUCUGUCUCCUGGUAAGCUGAAAGUCACAUUUGAAGAACUGGAAAGACAGAGACAGGAGAAUCAAAGGAGGCAAGCAGAGGAAGAAGCAAGGCAGCGUUUGGAAGAGGAAAAACGUGCCUUUGAAGAAGCCAGGCAGAGAAUGAUAAAUGAAGGUGGUGAUGAAGAAUCUGAAAAUGCUGUUAAAGAAUUCCGCCCUGGGAAACUCAGACUCAGUUUUGAGGAGAUAGAAAGACAGAGGAGAGAAGAGGAAAAGAGGAAAGCAGAAGAGGAUGCACGACGACGCAUAGAAGAGGAGAAAAGAGCAUUUGCUGAAGCAAGGAAGAACAUGCAGGUGCUGGAUGAUGAAUCACCAGAAAUGUUUAAAACCUUCUCUCAAGAAUCUCUCAUACCUGGUAAACUGGAAAUUAAUUUUGAGGAGCUGCUGAGACAAAAAAUGGAAGAAGAAAAGAGGCGCACAGAGGAAGAGCGCAGGCAGAAGUUGGAAAUGGAAAGGCAAGAAUUUCAACAGCUGAGACAAGAAAUGGGAGAGCUGGAAGAAGAGUCUGAAACUUUCGAGUUAAGCAAAGAGUAUGAAGAAUUGAUAAAGCUAAAAAGAAGCGGUUCUAUUCAGGCCAAGAACUUAAAAAGCAAGUUUGAAAAAAUAGGACAACUGUCUCAAGAAGAAAUACAGAAGAAGAUUGAAGAAGAGCGAGCAAAGAGAAGAGCAAUGGAUGAAGAAAUAAGAGAAAGGGAAGCUGAAAAAUUUCAAGAGGAUGAUGACGUAGAUGUGAGACCAGCCAAGAAAUCUGAGGCUCCAUUUACUCACAAAGUAAACAUGAAGGCUCGUUUUGAGCAAAUGGCAAGAGCCAGAGAAGAAGAGGAGCAGAGGAGGAUUGAGGAACAGAAAUUGCUACGCAUGCAGUUUGAACAAAAAGAAAUCGAUGCAGCAUUACAGAAGAAAAGGGAAGAGGAAGAAGAAGAAGAGGGAAGCAUUAUUAAUGGUUCUACUUGUGAAGAUGAGGAUCAAGCUCGAUCUGGAGCUCCCUGGUUCAAGAAGUCACUGAAAAACACAUCAGUUGUUGACGGCGAGCCAGUGAGAUUUACAGUUAAAAUUACUGGAGAACCAAAACCUGAAGUUACAUGGUGGUUUGAAGGGGAAAUGUUGCAGGACUCUGAGGACUAUCAAUAUAUUGAAAGAGGAGAAACCUACUGCCUUUACCUGCCAGAAACCUUCCCAGAAGAUGAAGGGGAAUAUAUGUGUAAAGCAGUCAACAACAGAGGCUCAGCUGCUAGCACCUGUAUUCUCACCAUUGAAAGUAAGAGCUAGCAUUUUAAUAUGCUUGUCUCAGAUAGUCUUCUUGCAUCUUUCCUGUUAUGAAAAUCUAACUUCCUGUCUCUCUUAACUCUUUUUCUGUUUUCUAGCUGAUGACUACUAAUGCUCUACUUUAGCUGGAAUCUUUCUUCCCCUCAACUUUCUUACUGCAUCAUCUCUCCUUUCUCUGAUGGGGCCAACUAAAGAAAGCAAGGAUGUGCAUUAACUUGUCAUUCCUGCAUCAGAUGAAAAUACACCCUUCAAAUUGUGAGAAUUCCCUGCUCAAUGCAAAAACUACUAUCAGAGGCUAAAAAUAAAAAAAUCAAUGUAUGAAAGAUCAACUGAAGGAAAAAGCUGUAUUAUCAUAGUGCUCCAGCAUUUGAAGACCAACUCUUGUGUAACAGAAUAAAGCUGAAUACACGAUGUGGAACUUGUGUAGUAGCGUAAAUCUGUUGGAGCAUCCUGCAUGAGCACUGAAUAUUUAAGCUGUUCCACCUUAUCCCAGAGGCACUGAACUGGCAAAGGAAAUACUUACUGAUGAUUUUCAAAAACCCAAGUGUACUAUUUUUAAAGAAUAAAAGAUGACGUGACUGCUCA